AUGCUAUAUUUGACAGACGACACCGGCUUAUUACCCUUCUUCCUGCCAUUGGGGAUCAUAGGCUUCUAUCGAUACCUAUGGUACGCGAUCAAAGUCUGUGCCUGGCUUGUCUACAAACCUGUGCGCCCCAAACAACGACCAACCUACCGCUCUGACCAAGACGUAACCAUCAUCGUACCUACCAUUGACGCGGGCGAAGAGUUCAAAAUUGCCGCACGAAGCUGGCUCGCGUGCAACCCGAAGCAAAUCAUAAUUAUCACAGAAGACAAGAUGCGCGAACCUAUACAAGAACUCGCCAACGAAAUCAAUCCAUCCAAAAUUUUGGUCCUGACGCUUCCCAAAGCAAACAAACGCAGCCAGAUGGUGACAGGCAUCAAUGCAACUCAGACAGAAAUCCUGGUGUUUGCAGACGACGACGCGAUUUGGAAACCUACCAUGCUUGACUCUAUUUUGGCGUGUUUUGAAGACCUCAAGAUGGGCGGUGUGGGGACGUCCCAAACGGUGCAUGCGAUCGAUCCUGCAGGCCAUCAAACUGUGUGGGAAGUACUGGCUGGGUUCAGAUUGAGUAUUAGAAAUGUCGAGGUCGCUGCGUCGACUCAUAUUGAUGGUGGUGUCUGUUGCUUAUCUGGUCGUACGGCCGCUUACCGCACCCUGAUAUUAAAAGAUCCAGCGUUUCAAUACGGAUUCCAAAAUGACUUGUGGCUCAACAAGUAUCCUCUGAAUUCAGGUGACGACAAGUUUCUCACGCGUUGGAUGGUCUCGCAUGGCUGGAACACGUACGUUCAAGUUUGUCCAGAAGCAGAGCUCUAUUCUACUUUUAAAAACAACUGGCGGUUCCUGCGCCAAGUACUUCGUUGGACGCGAAACACGUGGCGCUCGGAUUUUAGAUCGUUGUUUACCGAGCGGUAUAUCUGGCGCCGUCAUCCGUACGUGGCAUUCACCAUGGUCGACAAGAUAUUCAAUCCCAUCACUCUUCUGUCCGGCCCCGUGCUCGUAUGUGUCUAUUUGAUCAAUCAGGCGACCGAAAAGACACCGACAAAGACGCCAUUGCCUGCUUGGAAUAUCCUUCUUUCCUAUGUUUGCUGGUUGCUGCUCACGCGUGGGCUGAAACUCGUGCCGCAUUUUUUAAAAAGACCAUUUGACGUCAUUUACUUGCCCGCGUGGCUGUUGUUCAAUUAUUACUUUGCUAUCAUGAAAUUGUAUGCCUUAUGCACUCUGCAUGUGACGAGUUGGGGUAGUCGCACCUUUAAUGAAGAGCUAUCGCCUUCAUCGCAGCCAAUUGAAGCGGGACGACAAAUAGAGAAGCAGCCACCGCCAACCCCGGUGCCAAUAUCAUCCGUUACUCUCCCACCACCAUCUGUCCCAGAACCCAAAUCAGCUCCAGCUCCAAAACCAGAACCAGAACCAAAACGAGAAUCAGAGAAAGAACCACCAAAAGCAACAGCACAGCCACAUCCUGCUCUACACGUUCCUCAAAAUACUAAUGAUACAACCGUGCCCGUGACAUCUACAACGACUACAAAGGCUCCCACCAACAAUGCGCUACCGCGGCUACAACUACCGCAGAUAGAGCCCUUUUCACCCAUCGUCAUCGACAUAUUGGAUGAAAAAUGA